CCAAACCCCGCCUCUUCUCCCAAAACCCCGAUCAUAAUAACACAACCAUGCCCUAGCUUCCUACUUCUGGGUAUUUUCCUUCUCCUCGCCCAAAUCUUUUCCCCCUCUCCAUCUCCGUCCCCGCCGCACCGCCGCCGCCGCCGCCGCCGCCGCAUCCGCCAUUAUCGACACCAGAAUAUAAAAAUGGUGUUCCUUGAGGUGGAAAUGCCGUGGAACGUGUUGAUCUCACCAGACCAACUCAGCCCAAAGGGCCUCUUGCUUCAGAAAGCUAUAAUAGUGCGGCUGUUAGAGGACAUAGCAAACAGAAAAGCAUCCAAGGAGCACGGUUACUACAUUGCAGUAACUGCCCUCAACUCCAUAGAUGAAGGAAAAGUCAGAGAACUCACCGGAGAUGUUCUUUUCCCUGUCUCAUUCAAUUGUCUUACGCAGAAACCUACUAAGGGCGAGAUCUUAGUCGGCUCAGUCGACAAGAUCCUUAAGCAUGGGAUAUUUCUGAAAUCUGGACCAAUAGAUAGUAUAUUUCUAUCGGAGAAGAUGAUGAGAGAUUACAAAUAUGUUGCCGGAGAAAAUCCGAUGUUUCUAAGUGAGAAGCACUCGAAGCUGGAAAAGGACACAGUGGUGCGCUUCAAGGUUCUAGGUUUGAAGUGGUUGGAAGCAGAUAGGCAGUUUCAGUUGCUUGCGACUUUGGCAGGCGAUUUUCUCGGGCCUAUAUGAAUUUAAAGAAUGAUUGGAAAGACUAAUGGCUUAAAAAGUUUGGUAAUUGGUCAAUCUUAACUUGAUUUCGACCGGUCUAACUGCUGGAAAUCGAAUUUUAUUGUAAAUUUUUGUUUUGGAUAUCAAUUACCUGUGGUGAACAAUUUUGAUGAUUAGAUGUUAAAAGUCUUAUGCAAUGUGACUUGUAAGUUAUUACGAGUUAUUACAUUGUAUUGUCUUUGAUUGCUUUCCUCGUCCAA